AUGGAAGAUGUUAGCGCAACCUAUACAAUCGGUAAAGAGCUAGGUCGCGGUCAAUUUGGUGUGACGUAUCUUGUCACUCAUAAAACAACGCACCAACAGUUUGCUUACAAGUCAAUCGCGAUGCAGAAGCUGAUUAACAAGGAUGACAUCGACGAUGUCCGUCGAGAAGUCCAGAUCAUGCAUCACCUCACCGGACACCGUAACAUUGUCGAGCUCCAUGGCGCCUACGAGGAUCGACACUCUGUUAACCUAAUCAUGGAGUUGUGCGCCGCCGGGGAGCUAUCAAAAAUAAAUGUCACCCUUUUCAAUGAUCAAUAA